AUGUUUCGGAGAUUCUCGACCACCUUCAAGAGGUCCAAGGACUCCAAUGGGGACGCUGAGCCCACCAAGAACGGCAAGGAAAGCAAGCGGUUCUCCAAGGUCUCACCGGCGCGCAAGUCCACAUCCAACAAUGAGGAAUCCCACACAGUGAAGCGCGCCGAGGUGGUUGCAGUCUUUGAGAAGUAUGCGCAGGCCAUCCACGCGUCGCGCGACCCUCUGCCGAACCAGGGUGGCGACGGCACCUACCUGAAGCAUGAUCAGUCAUCGGGCUUGAUCAACGACAUCAAGUCUCUGGGUUUCCGCGAUGUAAACACCGUGAAGGAUCUAAUCAAGAGCAAAGCUUCUGGGGAGCUUGUUGAUGACAAGACCAUGCUCAUGGAGCGCAUCAUUCAGCUGGUCAGCGAUCUUCCUGGUCACUCGAAGAACCGGGUUGACCUCACCAACUCAUUCCUGGAUGAGCUGUGGAGCUCAUUGCCGCACCCGCCGCUAUCAUACAUGGGUGACGAGUACAGGUAUCGUUCGGCCGAUGGCUCAAAUAACAACCCGACGCUGCCAUGGCUUGGAGCUGCCAACACCCCGUACUCGCGCUCCAUUCCCCCUUUGACCAUUCAACCUGGUGGUCUGCCAGACCCAGGCCUGGUGUUUGACAGCCUCUACGCCCGUCAGAAGUUCACCCCGCACCCGAACAAGGUCUCCAGUGUUUUCUUCGACUGGGCCUCUUUGGUUAUUCACGACAUCUUCCAGACCGACUACCGCCAACAGCAUCUGAACAAGACAUCCGCCUAUUUGGAUUUGUCCAUUCUUUAUGGUGAUGUCCAGGAGCAACAGGAUUUGAUCCGUACCCACAAGGAUGGAAAAUUGAAGCCCGAUUGCUUCCAGGAGGGUCGCCUGCAGGCUCUGCCUGCCGCUUGUGGUGUGCUCCUGGUUAUGCUUAACCGUUUCCACAACUAUGUUGUCGAGCAGCUGGCUUUGAUCAACGAAAACGGUCGCUUCAACAAGCCCCGAGACGGUCUACCCGAGGACCAGGCUAAGGCGGCCUGGGCCAAGUACGACGAGGACCUCUUCCAAACCGGUCGUCUGAUCACUUGUGGUCUGUACAUUAACAUCACCCUGUACGAUUACCUGCGCACUAUUGUCAACCUGAACCGCACCAACUCCACCUGGUGCUUGGACCCUCGUGCUCAAAUGGAGAAGGCCGGGGCUACGCCGUCUGGUUUGGGUAACCAGUGCUCCGUCGAAUUUAAUCUGGCCUACCGCUGGCACUCGGCCAUCAGCCAGGGCGACGAGAAAUGGAUUGAGCAGGUCUAUUUUGACCUGAUGGGCAAGCCUGCCGAGCAGGUUACCAUGCCCGAGCUCCUCAUGGGUAUGAAGAAGGUUGAGGGUAUGCUGGACGCCGACCCAGCCAAGCGUACCUUUGCACACCUGAAGCGCCAGGAGGACGGUACCUUCAAGGAUGAUGAGCUGGUUGAGAUUCUGACUCACGCCUCUGAGGACGUGGCUAGCUCCUUCGGUCCCCGCAAUGUGCCCAAGGCUCUCCGUUCCAUUGAGAUUCUGGGUAUGGAAGCCGCUCGUCGCUGGCAGGUUGGAUCUCUGAACGAGUUCCGUAAGUUCUUCAAUCUGAAGACCUAUGAUACCUUCGAAGAGAUCAAUUCCGACCCGGAUAUUGCCAAUACGCUGCGCCACCUGUAUGAGCACCCUGACUACGUCGAGUUGUACCCCGGUAUCGUUUCCGAGGAGGCCAAGGAACCGAUGGUCCCUGGUGUUGGUAUCGCCCCGACCUAUACCGUUUCCCGUGCCGUGCUGUCUGAUGCUGUGGCUCUCGUCCGUGGUGACCGCUUCUACACCGUUGAUUACAACCCUCGCAACCUGACCAACUUCGGUUACAAUGAGGCCCGUUACGACCUCAACAUCAACCAGGGUUGUGUCUUCUACAAGCUGGCAAUGCGCGCAUUCCCCAACCACUACAAGCCUGACUCGAUCUACGCUCAUUACCCCAUGACUAUCCCCAGCGAGAACCGCAAGAUCAUGAAGGACCUUGGCCGGGAGCAGGACUACUCGUAUGACCGUCCUCAGUACACCCCGCCGCGUGUCAACCUCCAGUCCCACCAGAACGUCAAGCAGGUCCUGGACAACCCCAAGGACUUUGGCUACGCCUGGAGCAGCGCUAUGGAGAAGCUGUUUGGCAGGGGUGAGUACGACGCUAAGCACCACGAGGCGAUGGGCAAGGCUAUGGGCACCGAGGAGUUUUCCAGUCUCGUCAAGAAGUUCUACGAGGAUACUACCCUCCGUCUGCUUCAGGAGAAGAGUGCCAAGCUUGCUGGCAUUAACCAGGUGGAUAUCACUCGCGAUGUCGGCAACCUGGCCCACGUCCACUUCGCCUCCAACCUCUUUGGCCUGCCACUAAAGACCGAGGAGAACCCGCGUGGUUUGUUCACCGAGCACGAGCUAUACAUGAUCCUGACCAUCAUCUUCUCGGCGCUCUUCUUCGACAUGGACCCCACCAAGUCGUUCCAGAACAACCGCGCCGCUCACGCCGUCGCCCAGCAGCUCGGGUCUGUCGUCGAGGCGUCUGUCAAGGCGGACACCGGCCACGGUCUUCUGUCCGGCAUCAUGGGCGGCUUCAAGUCGCACGACAAUGCCAUCCGCGAGCACGGCACUGCUGCAAUCAAGCGUCUGCAGGAGAGCGGCCUCAACACAUCCGAGAUCGCCUGGUCGCAGAUUCUCCCGACCGUCGUCUCGAUGGUACCCAACCAGGGCCAGAUCUUCACCCAGAUCGUCGAGUACUACACCUCCCCCGAGGGCAAGAAGCACCUGCCUGAGAUCAACCGUCUAGCCAAGACGGACUCCAAGGAAUCGGACGAGAAACUGUUCCGCUACUGCCUGGAAGCCAUCCGCAUCAACGGCACCUUUGGCUCAUACCGCCAGGCCCAGUCCAAUGCGACUGUGAACGACAGUGGCAAGCAAGUCGAGAUCAAGGCCGGCGACAAGAUCUUUGCCUCCUUCGUCCAGGCCAACCACGACCCCAGCGUCUUCCCCGAGCCCAGUGAGGUGCUCCUCGACCGCCCGCUGGACUCGUACCUGAACCACGGCCAGGGCCCCAACACCGCCCUGGGUCAGGAAGCCAGUAAGCUCGCCAUGGUCUCCAUGCUGCGCGUUGUUGGCCGUCUGGAAAACCUCCGUCGUGCUCCCGGUCCUCAGGGCCAGAUCAAGAAGAUUCCCCAGGAGGGCGGCUACUAUGCCUACCUGCGCCAGGACGAGAGUGCCUACUUUGCCUUCCCGAUGUCUCUCAAACUGCACUGGGAUGGCGAUGCCACUGCUGCGAAGCGUUCUGUUACCAACGCGUAG